AUGAAGCUGCAAAGGCUCGCAGGUCUUUGUGCUCUCAUCAUCGCUGCAGCCGCAACGACGAGGACGAGUGCAGCACCUCUCGAGGCGUCGCAAGCCGAGGCUUUUGGCGCUGCGCUCCAUGACGAACGAGCUCGACCGCCCUUGCCAGUGCUUGAUACGCGCAGCGCUGUGGCGCUAGGCACACGAUUGUUAGGAUUGCUCGAGACUCGAGGGAACUUGCGAGGCGAGUCAGUUCAGGGAGGCCUUCAAAGGCGAGAUCGGAGCAGGUCGAGCUACGCAGCGCAGGUCACGCAGCAAAUCAGAGACGGCAGACAAAGACGGAGGCGAGCUCAGGCAGAUGGAUCCAAGAGGCAAAGGAGACGGGGUACUUGCGGCACCAAGAAGAGCAAUGCUGCAUCCUCUUCUUCCUCAGUUCCCAAGUCCACCUCUACAAAGUCAUCUGCUUCGUCUAGCAAGGCCACGUCGACGUCGUCAUCUGCAAAACCCGCAUCGACGACCAACUCGAACUCGACCAAGAACAAAAUGGUCUCGGCAGGCUACUGGGCUGAUUGGACUGCUGGCACGCUGGCGCCCGAAAAGAUUGAUUGGACCAAGUUUGAUUUCAUCAAUUUUGCCUUUGCUACGCCGCAAUCAGACGCAUCCAUCAAGUUUUCGGAUGGGGACAGAUCUACUGCCCUGCUCAAGCGGCUGAUCAGUUCUGCCCAUGCAAACGGCAAGAAGGUUGUCCUCUCCCUUGGAGGCUGGGGAAACUCGAAUGGAUUCAGCGGAGCAGUCUCUUCGCAAAGCUUGAGAUCCACGUUCAUCAAGAGUGUGCAGUCUCUGCAAUCCAAGUACGGUCUCGACGGCUUCGAUUUUGAUUGGGAGUACCCAAACAAUGUUCAAGGAGGACCGACUGACCCGUCCGACACGAAGAAUUUCCAGACAUUCUUGGUGGAUUUGCGCCAGGCUCUAGGUUCCAAGCCCAUCUUGGCAGCUGCGGUGCCUCACUUGCCAUGGUUAGCAGCUUCGGGAAGCCCUGUCAACAAUGUCAGCAGAGCAGCCAGUGCAUUGGACUACAUCACCUUGAUGAAUUACGAUGUCUGGGGAUCCUCUUCCAAUCCCGGUCCCAAUGCCCCGCUUGCCAAUCUGUGCGGCAACUCCACGCAGCCUGCCGCCUCGGCUGCCGCGGGAGUGAAACAGUGGGCUGCAGCAGGAAUGCCCAGAUCCAAGAUCAUCCUGGGCAUUGCGGGUUACGGCUACAUCAACACGAGCUCCAAAAAGACUCUGAGGCAGCGCGGCGAAGCAACACGCAGGGAGACGGACGAUUUGAAAGCUUCUUGGCCCGUACGUCCAGAGCCUCAACGCGACCCUCGAUAUCGCGCAAUAUCCUUUGCCAAGAGGGCACAAUUGGUCGGUCUCGACGGCUCGAGCUCCGACGGUCAGGUCAAUUUCAGACAAUUGGUCGAUCAAGGAGCUCUAAAGGUCAAGUCGGAUGGUACAUAUGGGGCAGGAUCGGGCUGGACAAUGUACUGGGACGAUUGUUCCGACACUCCCUUUCUGUCCAACGGUAACAGGGUCGUCACUUACGACGAUACCUAUUCCCUCUACGACAAGGGAUCCUUCGCCAAACAGGCGGGCAUCGCAGGCAUAAACAUGUGGAGCGUGGAUGGCGACACUUCGAAUUGGGCACUCAUGAGUGCUGCGAGAUCAGGUAUGGGCUUAUGA